AUGUCAACACAACCCCCCAAUCCGCAGUUGAUGAGCAGAUCGAACGUCGCCAUGGCGGUCGCUCAACCCAAGCAAAAGUCGGCACCCAAGCCAGCUUCCAAUUCAACUACCAAGAACAAGAUGCAGAUGCACCGGCGGUCUCGAACAGGCUGCUACACAUGCCGGCUACGGAGAAAGAAGUGCGAUGAGGGCUCUCCAAGCUGCACCGCCUGCAAACACCUCGGCCUGCGCUGUGAAUACAAGCGGCCCAUGUGGUGGAGCAACAAUGAGCAGCGCCGCCAGCAGAAGGACAACAUCAAGAUGAUCAUCAAGAGAAAGAAGCUUUCGGAGAAGCCCAGCUCCACCACCAACCAGGUCAUGGCCCCCGGCGGCGAAACCCCUCCCGGGCUCUCACACUCGCUGCCAACCUCGGCCACCUUUUCAGAUCCUCUGGACCGCAUGCGAUCCGCCUCAAUCGACUCGCAGCUCUCGCUCUUCGACUUCAAUGCGCCCCCGGGCAUUGCAGACUACACCGCAUACAACGCCCAGAUGCACUCCUCCCACUCGCAAUACGCUUCCAUGUAUCCUCAGGAGUUCUCUCCAUACGAGAUUGAUGUCAAGACGGAAAGGCAGAUGUUCAUCAACGAUAUCCCAACCCGCCGCGAAUCAACCAUAUCGACAUUCAGCACCUAUCACCAACCACCACCUCCCGAUGCGAUGCUCCCAUCGUACCCCGCGGAGAACGAGUGGGAUGCAGCUUGCGACGACCGGAAGGAGUCAUUGGCCGAGGAGGCCUUGAACAUCAAUAUGUUUGACUUUGCUCAUGGCCCAGCAGCAACCGUCCGCCAGGUGGCGAUCGAGCUGGACGAGGGCGACCAGAGACUGCUCGAUCACUUCAUCUCCGAUGUGCUCCCAACCGUCUUCCCGAUCCUCGAGACAAACCAGCACGGAUCCGUCCGCAGCGACUACGUGCUCCCCGCGCUCCAGAGCAACAAGUGCUACUUGCACUGCUGCCUCAGCAUCGCGGCGCAGCACUACAAGUCCAUGAUGAACGCCCAGGGCGAUCAAAUCGACAACGAUAUCAUGCGCCACCGCUAUGCGACAAUCUCGGAGUUAUGCGAAGCCCUCAAUCGGGACACAGACCACCAGGCGAUUCUCGAAGCCACGCUUGGCAUGAUUUUCUUCCAGUGCUCGGUAGGCAGAUUCGACGACUCGCUCCCGGAUAUCCCCUGGCACCAACAUUUCCAAGCCGCCAUCUCGCUCGUGCAGAAGCUCAAUCUGAACAACAGCGUGCUCGAGUCGCAUCACACCAAGUCCUUCAACAUGACCCUUACAUCCUGGAUUGACAUUCUCGGCUCAUCAAUUCAAGGUCGCGCGCCGACUUUUGCGCAUACCUACCGUGAAAAGCAUCUCUCCCCAACCAACUCAUCCCUCGGACUUCGUGAACUCAUGGGCUGCGAUGAUCGCGUCAUGUAUCUGAUCUCCGAAAUCGCGUGCUUGGAUGCGCUGAGGAAGGACGGCAUGGAUGACAUACAGCUUUGCCAACAUGUGCAUGCGCUUGGUGACCAGAUCGGUCUGACCGAGAUGGGCGAAUCGGGACCAAAGAUCCCAUUUAACGCCCACGGUGUGCUUAGCCCCAAACAACUGAGUCGCAACAUGACCGCAGCUUUCCGGAUCGCUGCCCGAAUCUACUUGUGCAGUCUUGUGCCCGGCUUUACCCCCAGCCAGGCAAGCUGUGUGGGCUUGGUAGAGAAACUCACUCAAGCGCUCGAAUUCAUUCCUUCUGGUCAGGUCGGGUUUGACCGGAGUCUCGUUUGGGUUUAUCUCAUUGGAGGAUCCGUCAGCACUGCUGGCUCCACUUUCCGCGCAUUCUUCGACGACCGCCUGAUGCAACUGGGCGACCUUGCAAACUUUGGGAGUUUUGGUCGCGUAGCUUGUCUUCUUAAGGAAGUCUGGGGACAUGUCGAUGGGCGAUUUUCUCCCGGUGGUGGUGAGGCACAUUACGUUUCCUGGAGAGACGUUAUGCAGAUGAAGGGCUGGGAUUUCUUGUUGAUCUAG